AUGGAACCAUGGAAUAAAGUCAACAUACCUUUGCCAAGUGCUAGUUCAACAAGUCGCAUUGCGUUUUCAGCCACGACAGACGAUACUAUCAACUGUAUUUUGAGUGCCUGUGAAAACGUCUUAAAGUUACUCUGCAGCGAAGUGCUUCAGACAGAGGUCCGCGUGCUUUACGAACUCACAUAUAGUGUAAACAACAGCCUAAGACAGCACAAACCUUUCCGCGCCAUCAAACAGGUUGAACAAUGCAUAAACCGGGUGACGGAGAUGAAGCUGCAGGAGACAUUGCAGGACUUGAUAGACCUGUGUCCCACAGAAGUUCAAAGGAAAGUGGGGGUUGAACUGGGACAGUGUGAAGUGCCCAGUCAGCCCAUGUUGGAGUGGUUAUGUCUCAGACUCCUGGGAGCUUCAAAGCUGCUGAGUCAAACAGUGAACCGCUGCACCAAAGCCUUUAUACUCACCAAACAGCAUCUUGAGGGAGCUGAGUUCAUUGUGCUGAACCUAGUGCUCGUGAGCAUGCUCAGUCGACUCUGGGUUUUCUUCAGAGGUAUCCUGAGAAACCUGGUCCCUUUGUACCAGGGAACACUGGAGCUGCUCCAGCAGGUGUCCGAGUCAUGGCCCAUGCCGUACCUGAUAGACUUCACCCUUCCCGGGGACCUGCUGGCCUUUCUGGGCCCUUCAAACACAGAUCUUUUAGAGGAGACUAACACCAAGGAGCCUCAGUGGGCCCUGAAGUUGAAAGGCAUCUCAAACUCCUCUGUGCUUGACAGACUGUUUGGUGAAGAGGAGGAGGAGGAAGAAGAAGGAGAAGAGAAGAAUGGAUUGAUGGAGCAGCUGGUAGCAAACGGGCGUAGGGGCAGUGAUGGAACCAGCAUAGACCUGGGAAGUGCGGUCUUAAUACGGCGUGGAGAUUUUUCAGAGUCUUCCUCUGGGUUGGAUAUAAAAGAAAUGCUUAAGCAUCCAUAUAGGGGCAGUAAACAGAAGACGUCUGCUUUGAGGACUGAUGGGAGGGUCCAGUCGGUUUAUGAGGACCAAACAGUGAUUGGUCAGAGGAGGCAGUUUCUGAAGCGGUUAAAGAAAACAUCCAGCUUUAGCGACAUGACUGCCUACAUACACGACGUGAUCCGUUGGUGUAAAGGCUGUAAGCUUCAUCAGACAAGGCAGGCUCUGGCCUGUAUUCUCCUCAAAUGCCAGAGGAUGAAGAAUCUGGAAGCUGAAGGCUACAGUUUGCAGAGGAAGCUAAAAAAGUUCCGUACGAACGUUCAUCGAGCGCUUAAACCUAACAGAACCUCCCAGUCAAGACCAACGCGUCCUCCGUCUGUGCAGAGGACAACUUCGCGUCGGAGAAGUCGAUGUAGAAUGGCCCUGGGACGUUUCGGGUCCAUCAGAGACAGGUUCGGAAACCGCAGAACGCGUUCCAGAAAGAACAGGUCUGUGUCUGCCUACCAGGACUCUGUUGAGGAUAAGGUUGUCAGCAGAAACAUCACACCCAACACUGAAGAAAAGAGUACGUCGUCAAAGACAGUCCCUGAGAAACCAGACACCUUUAAUGAGGAGGACAUUGAUGAUAUUUUUGCCUCAAUAGGUUUUUGAUUUCUUGUUCUUUUUUUUUUUCCCUUUU